AAGCCAAAACAAACCACAAGAGGGAGAAGAAGAAGAAGAAGAAGAAGAAGAAGAAGAUAAUGGAAUCUUCAGGAGAAUGGUUAGAGAAAGCGUUGGGCGAUCUGUGCCAGAAGAUGGAAACCGGUUUGGCUCUCGACACCGACAUGAUUUCCGGCUUAGUCUCCUACUGCGAGCUCGCUCACCCUCAGGACGCCAAAGAGUAUCUCGACAAUAUUAUAGGGCAGGAGGCCGGCAGAACUGUAAUUGAGGAAUAUUUACGGCGAAGAGGUCACUCGUAUCCCUACAGCAAUAGCCAAGACGUUCCAACGUCGCAAUUGCAGGCAUAUGUCAAGCCACCCUCCGACGUAGGUUCUGUUAGCGGAACAAAAAAACAUAUGAGAACCCCAAAAGUCGUUACAGCUCCCAAUUAUCAGACAGAAGCAAAAAAGAAUGCAACUUUGACUAAUCGGAGUAAUCAGGUUUUGGCUGAGAUGAGCGAGUCAAAAAGCGUGCAUAAAGGGAACCAAGGCAGUGCUAAUAACAAAAAGAAGAAAGCUGGGAAAGUUGUAUCACUUGCAGAGGCUGCGAAAGGAUCAAUUGUUUUCCAAGAGGGAAAGCCAUGCUCUUGCCAAGCCCGACAACAUAGAUUGGUAAGCAAUUGCUUAUCUUGUGGCAAGAUAGUAUGUGAACAAGAGGGAGAGGGCCCUUGCAAUUUCUGCGGCGCUCUUGUGCUGAAGGAAGGGAGCAGCUAUGCUGGUCUGGAUGAAAGCCUGUCUGCCCUAACAGAUGCUGAAGCAGCCGCUGAAGCUUAUGCGAAGAGACUCGUUGAUUAUGACCGAAAUUCUGCAGCUCGUACUACAGUUAUUGAUGACCAGAGUGAUUACUAUGAGAUCGAGGGAAAUAGUUGGCUGUCGAUGGAGGAAAAGGAACUGCUGAGGAAGAAACGAGAGGAGCUUGAAGAAGCAGAGAAGGCAAAGCGAAGUAGAGUAGUUGUGGCUUUUGACUUGGUCGGCCGCAAGGUCCUUGUAAAUAAAGAUGAAGUUGAGGAACUGGAAUCGGAGAACAGCAUAUUGAGGGCACCGGACGAAAGAGAACUGAAUCGAAUUAAGCCAAAUCCAACUCUUAAAAUUCAACCAAUAUUCAUGGAUCCAGGCCCCAUUAAGAACCCUGCUAAAAGUAGACAGCCAAAUAAGAGCUUUCCAAAUGGUAUGUGCUUAGAGAUAACUGGAAAGGUACAGCAUGAGAGUAACGACCUGAAAUACUUGAUGAUGAACAACAAUUUGGAGACAGAUUCAAAUGGUAACCAUUGGCAAGGGCCAUCCUCAAGCAGUAGUGUCGUUCUUAAUGAUGACCGCGAGUGUUCUCUCGAUUAUAACUAAGACAAAAUAUUGAGCUUACUAUGAGUUCCGGUGACUGUUUCCAUUCUCCGACUAACGGCGAGGGAGGUUUUUGCUGUGUUGCUUUUAAAAGAGAAAAAUCAAAAGGGAUACAGGCAGUAUUUUACAGAUUUUAAUUUAUUUUCGUGUAUUCUAUGUUAAAGUAGGGAACACUGGCCCAUUUGCAAAGACAAUGAAUUGAUAAAGGGAAGCAUGGUUGACGAUUUCAGUUUAUGAAAGUCAGAAGAUUUGGGAUUGUUCUUGUGUAACACAUACUUUGGUCUAGGCCAUAACAUAUUUUGAAAGCAUAAAUCAAAUCAUUUACU